AUGAUGCGCACGAGUAUGGAACCCUCUGAUACGAUCCGAUAUAUCCGACGAAAAGAAGAAGUUGAGCAAGUCAACCGGCCGGCUCCACCCCCUUAUAUCGGUCAAGCAAUUCCACGUGUCAAACCGAUUAAGACGUUCCAAAAAGGACCAAACAAUAAUUCUGUGGGAGAGAGUAGUCGUCCAACAUCUCGUCGAUUUGAUACAUUCGGAGAGAAUGCGCUUGAAACGAUUUAUGACCAAUUCAAGUUUUUGGAUGAGUCGGAAGAGCCUCCUACUGCCGCACAGACACCCACUUCUGUCAAUAGUUCACGACCGAUUAUGGCGAUGAAUCAGAAAAAGAAACGACGAGAUUACCGACGACCGGCGAUGAUCUUAUACUGUAUCCUGCCUUGUCUGGAAUUAUUAGCAGCUAUUGCGAUUCUAGUGACCUCAUUUUCGACGGACAGGAGGAAUUGGGAGACCCACCCAAAAACCGAUGUCUCCGACUCCACUCUUGCCUCUGAAGCAAUCCGAACUCUAUCAAUCCAAAAUGCUCUAUCUACAGUAAUCCCAGCAUUUUUUCAAAUCCUCUCCUCAUUUUUCGGUUUCUGGCCGUUAUUUCCUUCAUUUCUUCGAAAACCUGCUCAAAUCCUGCACAUCUUUUUCAACGGAAUAGUCAUUGUCCUUUGGUUCGAUGCAAUUUACGAUCUAUUCUUCAAAGUCUCAAUGGAGCAUGUUCUCCAGACUCCGCCCACGAACUCAGAUGAAAAAUUUGUGAUCAAUUUGAUAAUUGGGUGUUUCGUCUACUUUGCAACUGUCAUUUUAUCAGCAAUCACUUUGGCUGUAACUGUUAAUAAUGUGUAUAUGAUGGCAAGAAAAGUGGAGAAGUCACUAACCGCAAUUUCCAUUUCUUUGGGUACUGUACUUUUUUCUCUGGCGACACUGGUCAUUGGUGUUUUUAUGGCACAGGCGAAUUUAGGAGGAGACAAGAAUUUAUCAGACAACUCCACAAUGUACGCGUAUGGUCUGAAAGAAGCUAUUGUCUUUGUUUUCAUUGUAAUCGUUGCCAUAUUCUCGCUAAUUGUCACUUUACAACACAAUCCCAAAAUAAUAAUUGCGGCGAUUACUGGUCAAGGAAUAAGCAUACUAUCAAUAUCCAGCGAAAUUUUCACAUCCGAUCGGAUCUCAGCGAUUUUUAGCGAAUUGAAAAGUUUCGAAACUGCAGGGUCUACGGUGGAAAUAGGAAUCGUUCUCCUCAACGGGUGUGCCGUCGCGUCUCUUCUUCUUCUCGUCCUUCAAUUCAUAAUUUUUGUUUUCUGCGUCUCUCCAUCUGUAACACGCUCUCCAUCUUCAAUUGGCUCCACCCACUCGCUUCUUUUAAUGGACAACAAUCGAAAUUCAGGAACAUCACAAGUUGAGAGAACUGCUUUUUGA